GCCGUCUACAAGUCAAGGCCAGGAUUCCGGCCACCAGCACAAUCGCCGUUGUCGUUAACAGCGAUGUCAGGUCCCUUUCACGUACAAGCUGACACACAUCCAAGUGGUACGUCUGCAGCAGUCUCGCAGACUGUAGCGUCUUCUUCUUUGGGUCCAGUGGUGAAUGCUACAUCACCACAACAACCUGUUCAACAAUCUGGACAGCAGCAAGGUCAAUGGUACCCCAAGACCCCAAUGAAACCGCCUCUUGCCUUCUCAGGCGAGAGAAAGGACGAGGAACUCAACACAUGGUUGAGGACGGUCCCGGUUUGGGUGAAGGCCAAAAGGACCUUGCCAGAGGAUGAGGUGGUAACUGCGGCAUCUUACCUAGAGGGUAAAGCAGCCAAGUGGCUAGAUGGUGUAGUUGUGAAGGCCGGGUACGGCCGACGCAUGGUGGAUUGGGCUAAGUCUUUGACCUUAGACCAAUUCAUGGAGAUGGUAGAAGCUCGAUGGCAUAACCCACAGGAGGCUCAAAGGGCCACUGAUGCCAUUAACAAACUUGACCAACGCAAGUUCAGGUCAGUUAGGGAGCUUACGACUACCAUGGAGGGCCUGAUGCUCGUCCCGGGCAUCAACUACAGUGACCAGUUCCUGUUAACAACUUUUGUUAGAUGUCUUCCAGAGAACAUCAGGAACUUACUGGCCAGUGAGGCACGCACCGAGUACCACUCGUUUGAGACAUUGUCUAGAAAGGCCUUAGACUUAGAGGCAACACUAGGCAAUGCUCAACCCACCUCAGGGAACGACUCAAAGAAGAAGAAGAGUCCCCAGGAGUGGAAGAARAAGGGGGCGAAGUUGAUGAUGGUUGAGUCAGAUGGGACCCAAACUGAAAUCGACGAGCUCUCUGACUUGGUGGACUAUUCAGAGUGUGACGACGAGGGGGUAGCUGAGGGUAGCACCCUCGCCGCGGUAGUAAAGACUAAGGCAGGUGGCCGAGGGAAGGGCCAACCUAGGAGUCAAGGGAAGGCCGCCUCCAAUCAGUCCAAACAGACUGAGUGGGUCAAGGCAGGUCUUGACCAGGACGUGUGGCGUGACCGCCGAUCGCGUGGCGCUUGUAUCAACUGCGGCUUCUGGCUCGGGAAACGCGUAGGGCCAAUGAAAUUGAUAGCGGCUUCUACUCAAGAUGAAGUGGGAAUGAUACCCUCCUCACUUCAUGACAAGGCCGAAGCUAAUGACUCCUUAGCUGCCCCGCAGACGCAUCUAGACCAAACAAUGCUCUGCACGUUAGAUGUGUCUGAGGCCUUAGAAGACUUAGAAGGUGAGUGGUCAAACAAGGACCCUCGUGAGUCUUGGGCGGCGCUAAAGAAGGGUCCUAGAGGGGAACAUUUCGUUGUCGAAGUGGAUGUAGGAGGCCGCAAAUGUGGAGCCUUCAUAGACACAAGCUCCACGCGAAAUUACAUAAGUCGCGAUUGUUUGGAAAGGCUGCGCCUACAGGACCGGGUACGGCACCUUAGUAGACCAGUAGCAUCUACUUUGGCCAACAAAGAGCGCAUGAUUGUCACAGACUACCUCAAGGACGUAGUCUGUACCUUCUCCUAUGGAGGAGGUGAGCUUAACCAUAAGAUCUCGUUCUUGGUUAGUAACGACUUGCCAUUUGACAUGUUGCUAGGCAUGUACUACCUCGAUAUUGCUAAGCCCCAGUUUGAUUGGGAUAAGAAGGUGCUCAAACAGAAGUUGCCCGAUGGCCGAACUGUCAGAAUGACUAAGUUCAGGGCCAGUAGUAUUAUAGAUACCUAUGGCUGCUUGUGCACAUCUGCGUUCUACAAUUACUAUAAGCAAAACCAAGAGGAAGGUAUGUACCUUGUUUAUGUCUUUGAGAAGGGGGAGGCCGUUAAAACACCCCCGGAGAUAGAACGCGUCGUUGCUAAGUUCCCUGAUCUGUUCGAGGAGCACACAGGAGUUGUUGAUAGGGAAGUCGUCCACACUAUAGAAAUCAUUCUCGGGAGAUUAAGUGUUUCCAUGGAUUUCAUGGACACCCUUGUGACCAGCAAGAGUGGUAAGAGGCACAUUUYCGUCGUCAUUGAUAGAUUCACCAAGUACGCUAGACUAAUACCAAUGCCAGAGACAGCUAUGACGGAGUAUGUCAUCAAGUUGUUCAAGGGCAACUGGGUAAGGGACUUUGGUUUACCMAAGACCAUCAUUAGUGACCGAGACGUCCGCUUCACAAGUGAACUGUGGAAGAAGACUGCAGAACAGAUGGGCAUUCAACUUCAAAUGACUUCAGGGAAUCAUCCCGAAGCCAAUGGACAAGUCGAACAAAUGAACAGAGUGGUACAGCACUUGCUGCGGCAUUACAUCAAGCCCAGCCAAGAUGAUUGGGGUGAGCAGUUGCCUCUCAUCGCCAGCUUGUACAGCAAUGCUAUGCAUAGUAGUACCGACGUUAGUCCUAACCAGUUGCACUUGGGAUGGAAGCCUAGGUCAGCACUAGACUUUCUCCUACCUGAAAACCGACCUGCUGCAACUCCAGGCACACUUGAAUACGGUGUGCAAUAUGAGAAGUUGCUGCGCGAGGCUGUUGAACAUAUGAAGAAAGCUCAGCAAGCCAUGAUUGCUUUCGAGAAUCAACAUCGCGGACAGUCCACAUUUCAGGUGGGGGAACGUGUCUGGGUCAAGGCUAGUGAGUUAGGACAGGAGUUCGGAAUAUCUCGUAAACUAAUGCCUCAAUUCUUUGGUCCCUGGGAAGUCUUUGAUGUAGUGGGAAAUGCAAUGGAUGGUCCUACGUACGUCAUUCGUGUCCCUGGUCAUCUACGCACUCACCCAGUUUUUCAUGCCUCAAAGCUUGCACCUUUCGCUGAGACAGAUCAAUUCCCUUCUAGAAGAUCGAUGCUGCCCCCAACCAUGGAUGGUCAAGUUGACAUCGACGACAUUGUGGAUCACAGGGAUAUGCCUGUUCCAAAGCCGCUGGGCCGAGGAAGACCUCCCAAGCCCAAAAGAGAUUACCGCGUCAGAUUCAGGCAUCACACGGAUCCAAAAGAAGAUCGUUGGUUUACUAGGGAGCAACUGAUUGACACAGCUCCUCAGGUGGUGGCAGACUAUGAGAAGAAACUGAAAGGGAAGGCGCCUGCGAAGUAAGCAUCUCAGCGGACUUUCGAAGCUAAGGGGGAUGGAAUGUGAGGAUUGAGCCCUCAAGUAGGGGCCUUGCCAUGAUGUACAUGUUCUG